AUGGCCAGGAGGAAGCAAAGCUUGGAUCCUUCCGAUACACUCUUCCACAUAGGUCUUGGUACCAGUAAUCCAACACUUCAUCUCCUCGUCAAAAUUAUAGUCCAUACCAAGGUAGUAGCCAGGCUUUCCGAAGCGGAAGAAUUUAUUGAAAACUAUGACGAUGAACACACCGAAAAUGUUGAAGAACAGACAGAAGACAGGAGUGUUGCAAGUAUUUAUGAACGAUUGAGAUGGAGAAAUGAUGAUGAUAAUUCCAAUCAAGAUCACAAUCCAAAUGAAAAAUAUCAGAAUGAUGAAGAUUUAAAUGAAAAGAUUCAAGAAAUUGAAGAAGACAUACAAAAAGACAAGGAAGAUGUCAAAUCACUUAACAAUGAAGAACAAAUCGAGGAAACCCGCGAAACAUAUGAGGAAAAUGACGAUUUAAUUGACCAAAUUCAAGAUGAAAUCUAA